GGUGUUGAAGUCAAAGAUGAGGGCAUUAACAAGGCUAUCAAUGAAGGAAUAAUUGAGUGUGAUGUUGUUGCCAUUAAAGUGUCGGAUGAGAGUGAUGAUCUUAUAAUUGAUUUUCUUGGUAUUGACAAUUCGUAUAGUAGAAGGUCUAGUUCAGUAAAGCUUAGCUUUGAUGACAUUGGAUGCAAAAUAUUUGACUAUGUUAAUUGGGUU